CUGCUUUAGACCUCGCCCAUGCGCUGAUUCCUCAUUCCUUAGGAGGAGCCUGAACUGAGGGUGGCGGGGGCUCUUUUGCCCUUCUUCCUCUCAAGUUGCGGAGGGGACGAGUUUUGGUGGGGCGCAGAAAUGGCGUUCUCUCUUCUCGUCGGUUGUGGCCGUGGCGCUGCGCUCAAGGUUUUAAAACUGCAAGCAUGGAAUCUUCAAUGUCUACCUUCCACUGUUUCUCUGUGUACCAAACCAGGGGACUCUGAAAAAGGCUCCACAAAAAAUAAAAGUGAGAACAUAAUUAGCACUAUACCUGAAGAAGCUGUAAAGUUAACAGAUGAAGAGCCGAAGAAAUUCUGGCCAAGUAAAACAUUGGUAACAUUUCCUCAGAGAGUAAUAUUUCCUUCUCUUGAGAGAGAGCCUGGGUUCUCCUCAACAGGAGGCUCAAGUGAGAAGCCAGACGAAGAGUCGUCCUCUUCAUCAAGCUCUGAAUCAGAUUCUAGCUCUGAUUCUGAUGAGGAAGAUAAUAUUAUCAAAGACUCACUAAAAACCAAGGUAGUGUUUCCAAGGCGGGAUCCCAUCUCAUCUGAGGUGGGAACAAUGAAGGAAGAUAAAGUGAAUGAUCAACAGUUUCCUCGAAGACAAAAGGGGGACAGUGAACCUGAGAAGCUCCUUUACAGUCCCAUAAUCAUUGAGUCUCCAAUCAAAAGAAAGGGAGGAUUGUUUCCAAAAGAAGAUCCUGUCUCUUCUGACAAUAGAACUGUGAAAUUAAAUACAAGCAAACAGCACUUUCCCCAACCACAAAAUGACCAUGCGCCUCAGAAUCUUCAAUACAGUCCCAGAAUCAUUGAGCCGCCAAUCAAAGAAAAGGAACUGUAUCAAACAGCUGAGAAAUUGGUACAAUCUGAAUUGGCAAAACAUGCCAUAAAACAAACAUCUAAAGAAACACAUUUAAAGGGCACAGACUUGGGACUAAACUCUGCAGAGAUUCAAGAUGCAGAAAGUCAAAGACCUACUGCUAAGAAACUGGAAACAUCUCCUUAUAAAGGAGCACCUAAUAAAUUGUGUGAAACUCAGCAACAAAGUGUGAUGACACACGGCUUGAAUUUGCUGAGUCAGGAAGAAAAUGCAGCAAGGGGUGUACAAGAAGCUGAAGCACACAAAAGAGCUGGUAUGGAAGUGCAAGAAAAGCUUUUCAAUGACACAACAACUGGGGUGGAAGCUACCAUGAAGCAAGAAAUCACCCUGGAAACAGGAAUUCAGACUGAACAGCAAAGCACUGCAACGGGAGUCAAGGCAGCAGUUGAAACUGCUCAAGAAGCAACUGACAUUUCUACCUACAAGAACUUGCAACAUCAUGAGUAUACACCGUUCACCUUUGUGGAUUAUGAUGUUGAGCUUUCAAAAUUCAGGCUGCCUCAGCCAUCAUCUGGAAAAAUAUCCCCUCAACACUGAAUCAUGCUGAAAUCAUAUGUAAAAAUACAUAAAUAAAAUAAUUUUGAAAAUAAAGUAAUAUCUGUAUAAUAAAAAGUUGUAAAUAAGAUUGCUGGUUCUUAGUUACUUCAGAAUGAACUCUGAAAUGAUUUAGUUUCCUAUUUAAUUUUAAGAAGCUGGCAGCAAUCUGGAGUUGUGGAAGAGGGGCACCCCCCCCCCACCACUCAAAAUCCCCCUCUUUCAGGUUUGGAAGAAAAUUGGUUUUUUCCUCCUCUUUUUUUUGUAACUAGUUGUUCUUAUUCUAUCCCCCACCGGAGCAUUUUCAGUAUAUAUUAAGCUGCUCUUUUAGGCUUUUUCCUUCUUUUGGUUGGUUUCUUUGGGGGGGGGGGAGGGUGCAUACCUGGAGAGUUCCCUGCUCCAUAUAAGUAGAGACUCCUAUCUCUUGGUUGUGACAGGCACUGUAUACUGCUUUCAUUAUGUGGGAGCAAAUGUUCUAAUUAUAGUGAUAUUAGACCUUUUAAAAUCUAAAUUCCUACAGUGUCUUAAUUAAAAGUCUUUGGUUUAAGUACUUGGUUAUUUCUCAUUGUGUGUUGAUGACAAGCAUGUACUACUUGGCUGUAGGUAGAUAAUCAGCAUGGAUUUUGUAAAAGGUGCAGAGUAGACUCUUACUAAGAAAGCACCUUUGGUCAAGUAAUACCAGAUUUUUAAUACGGUGUUUGAUAAAAAAAUGCACGUUUACAGUGCAAUCCUGUGCAUAAUUACUCCUGUCUAAUGUCUUCAGUAAGAUUAGACUAGAGUAACUGCAUAGAAUUGCACUGUUAGCAACCUGUUGUUACCUUCUGAAUUUUAAAGGUUUUUAAUCAUGAUAUAACAUGCACUUUUAUUCUGAUAGUAGUGGAGCACAAACUAGUGCAACAGUUGUCUUUUGUAACUUUUUAAAAUAAAAAUUAUGCUCACAUA